AUGGCUGGCUCGACGCGCUUUCCGGGGCCCAACGAACCCGUGCACAUCUACCAGGACGACAUGUUCGACAGGCAGGCGCCCAUGACGAGCCACGCUCCCAUGCCGGCCGUCACCAAGCCGGCCCGCCGCCCGCUGAGCGGCGCGAGCGCCAACGUCGUCCUGAAGCCCCCCUUCGCCUCGGCCGCGAGCUACUCGCCGCACAAGGCCGCCGCCUCGGAGCCGCGCUCGCCCCUCAACCGAUCGCCCCUGCGGUCCUCGCACCCCAACCGCUUCAACGUGCUCGCCAUGGCGCCGCCCAUGACGGACGGCCCGACGACGGAUUCCCUCCAGAAGCGGCCCCAGCUCUCCAACUUCCGCACCGCCUCGCACCGCGCGCCCCGGGAACCGGCCGCCGGCUACGGCAAGGAGAACGUCCACCCCCACCUCUUCCCGGCCCCCCACGCCGUCGGCAACCUGUCGGUCGAGGCCUACUAUCGCAAGUCGAACGGCAAGCGAGGCCUCAUGGACGCGGCGCCCAUCAAGGACGCGCGGCCCGCCAAGAAGUCGAGGCCCGACGAGGCGACGCCGCCGAUGACGACGACGACGACGCCGACGCCGACGACGUUCGAUUCCUUCCCGCCCAUCCACGACGACGGCGGGAAGCCGCCGCACAGCUACGCCCAGCUCAUCGGCAUGGCCAUCCUCCGCUCGCCCCUGUGCCGCCUCACCCUCGCCCAGAUCUACAAGUGGAUCAGCGACAACUACUCCUUCUACAGCCCCAACGACGCCGGCUGGCAGAACAGCAUCCGCCACAACCUCAGCCUGCACAAGAACUUCAAGAAGAUUGAGCGCCCCAAGGACGACCCCGGCAAGGGCAACUACUGGACCAUCGAGCCCGGCACAGAGUUCCAGUUCUUCAAGGAGAAGCCGACGCGCAAGGCGGCGCCGACGGCCGAGAACCUGCCCGUCAUGUCGACGCGCCUCGAGCCACCUCGGCCGCCGCCGACGACGGCGCCCGCCCAGGAGCCCGCGCUGCCACCGCCGCCGCCGCCGGCCCCCACGGUGCUGCCGCAAGGGCCGCCACCUUCGUCGCUGCCGCCGCUCCCGACGCCGCGGCCUCCGGCCUCAAUGUCCGCCGAGCUCUCGUCCGACGCCACAAUCCCCGUCUCGGACGGCACCGCCGCCGACGAGCUCGCCGAACGGUCCGCCGAGGCCGACCUGCCCCCGGGCUCGUCGCUCUACUCGCCCCUGCCCGUGAACCUGCACUCGUCGCCGCCCGUCGCCCGCCACGCCGAGCCGCAGGGCGGCACGCCGCCCUCGGACGCGCACCAGUCGGUGUCGUCGGCGCUGCGGUCGCACAAGCGACGCUUCGCCUCGAUGGACGACAGCGGCUACAUCUCCUCGCUCGACUCGUCGGUCGUCCGGCCCAACCAGAAGGCGCUCCUGCUCACGUCGGAGGCGGACCGGCCGCGCAUCAAGCGCGGCCGCGCCGAGGAAGAGAUUGCCCGCCUGCGCGGCUCCUCGCCCUUUAGCCCGACAAAGUCGCGCUCGCUGUCGACGUACGGGCCCGUCUCGUCGUCGCCGCUGCGCCAGGCCAACGAGAAGCAGAUGCUGCCGCCCCUGACGCCCGUCGUCAAGAUGAAGCCGCCGGCGCCGCAGCCGCCGUCGGCCUCGCCCAACACGAACCUGCGCAUCCACCGCGACAAAGUGCGCCACAUGCUGCAGUCGCCUCUGCGCCGCGUCACGGGCGUCGGCGGCGAGGAGAGCAUGCCGUGGAGCCCGGCCUUUCACCUCGACGAGAGCAUCUACGUCUUCGACGACCUCGCCGGCCACGGCGGCGGCGAGUUCGACAUCUUCCACGACAUGACGGCCAUGGACGACGCCGUCUUCCAGACGGUGAGCUCGGCCGCCAUGGGGUCGCCCGUCAAGCGGUCGGCCAAGCGCGCCCGCCUCGACCGCUCCGUCUCGGCCUCGGCCCUCGGCGCCGCCACGGGCUCGGCCGGCAAGAAGGCGGCGUCGUCGUCGAUGCCGCUGCUCAAGGUCACCGAGUCGCCCUCGCGCUUCUUCGACACGCCGAGCAAGGCCUUUGAGGGUCUCGGCUCGCCCUCGAAGCUCUUCCAGGACUCGCCCAUCCGCAACCUCUCGCCGAGCAAGUUCUCGGGCCUCGACAUGACGGCCGACGCCGACUGGCCGGGCCUCAUGUUCGGCGCCAACGACUUCAUGUGCCACGGCGAGACGGGCCCGGCCGACUUUGCCGGCCUCGACAUCUUGCAGGGCUUCGAGAAGAUUGGCUCGGGCGCGGCGCCGGCGAAGCAGGCCAAGAACGCCAAGCCGUCGCUCGCCCGAAGCUUCUCCACGAGGUUCUAG